CACUUGUAGUUUGUUUUUCCGUGAUAGACGAUUGUUAUGGCUGCAGCUGUUCGACUUCGAGAACCUCUAAGUACUGACAAGCAAUCCUCCAGACCUGUGGAAUGGAAACGACACAUCAUUCGGCAGUUAAAGCGGCGGGACAAAUCUCAGAUGUUUAUGUACCAGGAUCUCAUAAAGUCAUAUUCCAGAUUAUUAGAAAAAUCUUACUAUAAUGCACAACUCAAGCCACGACAGCAAGAGAUAUCAGAGUAUUUUGACCCUGCUGCCAGGCAUCAGCCUACCUCUGCUGGUGAUUGUGUGGAAAUUAUGAUCGCCAAACAUCAGGAUGAACUGACAAGACUACAGACCAAUGUUGGAGAGUUGGCUUGUCAAGUUUUGGAUCUUAAAGAUCAGGUGAAGCUAAGAGACGGUGAACUAAAUGAGCAGUAUGCCAGGAUAUCCAAAAUGAUCGCAGCCUUGGAAGAUUUUAAAGCAAAAACACAGAAAUUUCACAACUUGAAAAUAGAUAUACUUGAGAAAAACAGUAAUUUGAAAGAAAAAUAUGAUACUUUACUGGAACAUAAACGUAAGAUGGAUAAAAAGUUUCAAGAGGAGGAAAUGAAUGGCUCCGAGUUGCUACAGAACCUUAUGCGACAGAAGGAAGCUGCUGCAGAAAACGUGAAUAAAAAGAAUGCCACAAGAAUAAAAGUAAGAAAUGUAAUUCUUCAGCAAGAACUUGUCGUGGUGGCAGAAACGAAAGUGGACAUUAAAGUAGCACUGGAUUUAUCUGGAUUUAAGCCUCCAUUUGGAGAUAUUCAGAAGCAAGAUGAAAAGAAGCAAGCAAGACCAUUCAGGUAUAAUAGUCACAACUAUAGCAAAGCAUAUUAUAUGGGUUUCGUUUCAAGUGAACCAAUUACUUUAUAUGAUUUUAUUUUCAGAUCAGCAUCUCUUACAUCACCUAGGAUUUUAGAUUCUAUCAAGGAACUUUUUGAGUUCAAAAGUAAGAGGAGAGGCAACUCUGUCAGCAGCUUGAGUGAGGAUGUCUUUGAGCCAAUGAGGAUGUGCAUAGUUGCCAGGAUACCUGCAAGGCCAUUACAUGUGCUGGAAGCACAUGAAUUGGGAAUAAAUGCAGUGAAAUUUAGACCAGACUCUAAGCUUUUGGCGACAGGUGGCACAGACAGGAUUAUUAAACUUUGGGAUGUGACUGAAGGAAGGCUACAAGGCAAGGGAACACUAGAGGGAAGCAAUGAGGGAAUAACAAGUAUUGAAUUUGACCACUCUGGAACCAAGUUGUUGGCUGCCUCUUACGACCAUUCUGCAAUCUACUGGAGUUUAGAUAAUAGCACACCAAAAUGUACCUUGACCGGCCAUUCUCGCAAAGUUACAUCUGCCAAGUUUAAAUCCAGUCAUCGCCAUGUGGUAACUGGUAGUGUAGAUCGAACUGUGAAAAUCUGGGAUUUGCAGAGAAUAGCCUGCAUACAUACCAUUGAUGUGAAUUCUUCCUGUAGUGAAGUAGUAUGUGAAGAGUAUUUCAUCAUCAGUGGACAUUACGACCAGAAAAUCAGAUUUUGGGACAGUAGGGCAGCAAGCUGUACGCAAGAGGUUUCUGUUCUAGGAAGAGUAACAUCAUUGGAUCUAAGUCUUGAUCAUAUGCAUCUUCUCAGCUGUUCUCGUGAUGACAGCCUUAGGAUAAUUGACCUCAGAAUGAACAAUAUCAGGAAAGUCCUUCAGGCUGAUGGAUUCAAGUGUGGCUCUGAUUCAACAAAGGCAAUAUUUAGCCCGGAUGGUGGUUAUGCAGUUGCAGGCUCUUCAGAUGGUGCUCUUUACAUAUGGAAUGUGACCAAAGAACAAUUGGAAACAUGUUUAUCACAACAGCACAGUUCUUCUGUGAAUGCAGUGGCCUGGUCUGUGUCUGGUGAGCAUGUUGUAAGUGUAGACAGGAGCAAGAGAGCUGUUCUUUGGAGCGCAUAAGAAGCACUGUAAUACUACAUCUUCACAGAGGACUUUAGAGAUUCACUAGAGGAAAGAACUAUACUCCACAUCGUGACUCCAGCUACCACAAAAAUCUCUGUUAUUCUAAUCAUUAACACUAGAAUUACCAAAGCCUACAUAAAAACUCGUAAUCCUGGCCCACCUUAAAUCCAUUCGCACCUCUCCAUCAGCGUCUUUUGUCUUGUAAAUGUGUCGAUCAACCCCCACCCCACUGCCGCAGGUACAUUCACAAAGAAGAUUCUCAGUGCUCAGUGUUUAUGUUGGAGUGCAUUACCUGGAGUUGUA